AUGCCCCAUGUUGCUCUCAUAGCCCAGCGUGUUUCCCAGGUGCUGGUGGGCGAAGAAGGCCCGGGCCAUCUCGUUGAUGUGGUUGUAGGCCCCGAUGGAUUUGAAGUACUCAACGUAGUUCCAGAAGUCCGAGGUGGAAUACGGCCAGUAGGGGACGGCGGGUGGUUCGUCAUACGGCACUGAGAAGGGGGAUCAACACGGGGAAGUCACACUCACCUUUGACCUGGCUGAGUCACUGGUGGGAGAAUCUGCGGGCGGAAAGGAGAAGCCAGACGUUAGAGGAGGCCGCAGGGAUCAGGGCCUCACCUGCCUCUAGUGACUGCACGUCACUGCUUUGGAAGGAACAUUGCUCAAGUUCAUUACUCAGACCGUCCCCUGAUUUAACACUAUGCUCAACACGAUUUUUGCUCGGGACGUCCCGCAUGCUGAUGCUUCCACUCUAAAGAGAGUAGAGCUCAGAGGCUGAGUGUGCUGCUGCUGCUGCAGAGAGCCUGGACCGCUAGACGCACCCACCCACUGGCCACACACAACUCUGAGAUGCUCUAGGGAGCCACCAGGGCGGCACUGAAGAUGGCCACGUGUUGCUGACCCCCGCUCCAGACCAAUAGGAGGCAGGGUUGUAUGGACAACAUGGGUUUGCGAAGUGCGAGCCACCUUGCACUAAGAGCAGUCCGAUGCAGCCUGGGUCUGGCUCCCAAACCAAAGUCAUGUCUUUCCACUGCUGCUGGAUAUCUGGGAGAGAAGAACAUCCUACUUAUGGGCCCACCUGGAGCAGGGAAGACCACAGUGGGGAGGAUUGUAGCCUGCAGACUUGGACUUCCUGCUGUUGAUGUGGAUGAUGAUGUCUUAGAGACAACAUGGAAGAUGCCCGUCGCGUCCAAACUGGUUGCAGUCGGCGGAGAGCGAUUCCUGCAGGAAGAGGGUCAGGCGUUGUGUAACUUCUCAGCUUCUGGAUGUGUGGUUUCCCUCACAGGCUCCAACCCUCUUCACCCUGAGGCCAUGCAGCACGUGAAAGGAAGCGGCGUGGUCAUCUACCUGGAUGUGGACAGCGAGGAGAUCCUGCACAGACUGCACAUACUGAAGGUGGACAGGAUAGUGGGCCAGGAGGCGGGGCUGUCCAUUAGGGACAUUCUGCGUUACAGGAAGCAGUUCUAUGAGAAAUGGCUGGACGUGCGGGUGCUGUGUGGCCGGGGGGACACGGCGGAGGAAGUAGCGGAGAAGGUGCUGCAGGCUGUGGAGAGAUACCACAACCAUGCCGCAGAGACCUACGUGUCCACCAGGAGUGACGGCGAGAGGCCGUCCAGUGAGACAACACACUUCAGUGACGUGGUGGUGGAGGGUCUGGCCUCAGAUGGCGGUCUCUAUGUACCCAAGAAUGGCUUUCCGAAAAUGGGUGCUCGUGAGUGGUUGAGACUGGUUGACAUGACCUAUCAAGAGCAAGCACUGGUGCUACUUGAGAAGUGCAUCCACCCGUUGGAUGUCUCGGCUUUGGAUCUGAGAGAAAUUAUCUACAAGGCGUACGCGUCCAACUUUUCCAGUGAGGACGUUGCACCUGUGAAGCACCUGAUCCACAAUACGUACAUCCAAGAGCUAUUCCACGGCCCCACCGCUUCAUUCAAAGACCUCGCCUUGCAGCUCAUGCCCCAACUCUUCGCCCACUGCCUCCCGCCCAUGUGCAACUAUCUCAUCCUGGUCGCCACGUCCGGCGACACAGGUAGCGCCGUGCUCAGCGGCUUUGGCGGCCUGCGCGGCGCAGACAGACGCCGGACGGGAGUGCUGGUCUUCUUCCCCGAGGAGGGCGUGAGCGAGAUCCAGAAGCUGCAGAUGACGAGCUCCAACCAGAGCAACGCCAAGGCGGUCAGCGUGCGCUCUGACUUUGAUUUCUGCCAGAAAAGCAUCAAGAGGAUGUUCGGCGAGUCCGGCCUGACCGGGCACCUCGCUGUGGAGUACGGUACAGUUCUCAGCACCGCCAACUCCAUCAACUGGGCACGUUUAUUACCACAGGUGGUUUACCAUUCUACUGCCUACCUAAACUUGUGCCGGGAUGGCGUGAUCUGUUUCGGAGAGCCUGUGGACGUUUGCAUCCCAACAGGCAACUUUGGGAACGCCAUGUCAGCCGUGUACGCCAGGGAAAUGGGGAUCCCCAUAAGAAAAGUCCUAUGUGCGUCCAACCACAACCGCGUGGUCUCAGACUUCAUCAACACGGGCGACUACGAUCUCCGGGAACGCCGUUUGACCCCGAGCCACUCCCCGGCUAUAGACAUCCUGAAGUCCUCCAACCUGGAGAGGUUCAUCUAUCACGUCUCAGACGGCGACGGCCGACUCGUCAAGGACUUGUUCACACGCUUAGACAGACAGCAGCACUUUCGACUUCCUGGCCCGCUUCUUGGCAGGGUUCAGCAGGAAGUGCAGGCCGGCUGGUGCUCUGAAGCGGACUGCCUGGCUGCCAUCCAGAGCGUCCACGCGCAGGCCGGCUACAUCAUGGACACGCACACUGCCGUGGCGAAAGUUGUGGCCGACAGGCUGCGGGACGCCACGUGUCCCGUGGUGAUUUGUUCCACCGCCCACUACGGCAAAUUUGCGCCCGCUGUGUUCAAAGCUCUGCAAAUGGAGAAUAUGCCGCAGGGUCCUUUGGAGCAGCUGGAAACGCUGCGGCGGACCGCGGCCAUACCAGGAACGCACAGGGACAUCAUGACAUGCGUCAGAGGAGGAUACAGACAGGGACAUCCGGUUUGUGAAGCAGACUAUAGCGUGUUGGUAGAAGAAGUGGAGAACAUGAUUCAAGACUCCUUCCUCAAAGUGAUGUAGACCUGGUAUGAUGG